AUGGCUCGUCUAAUGUGUUUUCGGUCAUCGAAGAAAAAUCAUGAGGAGGACGACUCCUACGGUGAUAUUUUGAAGAACUCCGCUUCUAAUGUUGCACCAAACAAUCGGAUGGUUGUACGCGGUCCGGUGGAAGAGGGACUCACUCUGCAUUACGUCACUCAGAGAAUAAUAGUUUUAUGCUCGCCUGAUGAGGGAACCGAAAAAGCGUACGUAGCAUCGUUGAAGGCCGCCGCUCUUACACUGAAGACAAAACAUUUUGAGCACUUCAAAGUCUGGAAUGUGUCACGACCACGCCAGGACCUAUCCAGAUGCUUAGCGGCCGAAAAUGUUGGUUGGCCUCCACGAUUAGCUCCUCCAUUGGAUCGACUGUGCGCACUUUGCAAGCAAUUCGAACAGUGGCUUACGAUUAACAACAGCAAUGUGAUCGUGAUUCAUUGCAAGGGGAACACAAGCAGAGCAGCGAUAGUUCUUGCUUCAUUCAUGCACUACAAUGCUAUUUGCAGCAACGAUGAGUUCAUCGAAGAUCGCUACGACAUGAGACGAUUUGCUGACAAACACAUCGGGGCCAACGGACAACCCAGCCAUAAGCGAUACAUCACCUAUUUUUCGUCGCUGUUAUCUGGAAAGAUCCGAGUGAAUCCGGCUCCCAUCUAUCUACAUCGAAUCACAAUAUCGCACUUGAUCGGACGUGUGCUCUCCUUCAAAGUCUACGAGCGUCUACAACCAGUGUAUCAAACAUCACCGAGUACCUCGAAGGAUGUGCUGCGAUUCGACGUUGAGCACGAACUACGACUGCGUGGUGAUGUGCUCAUCAAAUGUCAUCAAGUCAUAGGAGGCGAACGCGCUCUGCUCUUCUGCUGUCAGAUCAACACGUGCGCGCUCGACGUUCCGGCCAAGGGCACGAUCUUAGCGCUGCACAAGGAGGAACUCGACCAUAUUUUUGCAGAUUCAUCAAUCGAUAACCGAGUGGUGCUCGAAUUGAUGAUCAGUCCUGAACCGCCGAAAUCAGCUGCCAGCGCCAACACGAGGCGAUCGCUGGAGGAUAGCCGGACUAACAGCUAUGAAGAUUUCGUGAAGCCAGAAGACGAAUCGAACGGUGCUGUGGUGUACAGUGAAAUUCGGAGAAAACCAAGUAAGGAGGCGAAAGACGUGAAGGAAAAGGAAGACGAUUCCAGGGAGGUCGCAGAGCAACGCAGCGAAACCCAGGCAACUUCGACGGAUCAAGCAGAAAUGCCCCCUCCGCCGGUGCCACCAAAACCACGAUCCGCGUCAGCGAUGGGAGAUCCUGUUAUCGAGCUGCCGGAACGGCGAGGAGUUCUGCCCGCUCAAGUACGUCCACUCGUUAAUCGACCACCAAGUCCACGUGAAGCCGGACGUGCUACUCCAAGUAUUGAACCGGAUCUAGUGGGAAAGGAUAGAUACGACAAGGCGUCAAAAUGCUUUUCAUACGCACCGACUAAGGCGUUGAACGAAGCAUUCGAACGUCCCAGGAAGGGAUCCGUGACGAAAGUGGAACGCAGAGAAGAAGAAAUACAGAACAUCGAUCCGGGCGAAGUUAGCAAUGCAUAUAUUCCUCAUUCGGAACCAGCUCGUACACCGGUUCCACCGAAAUGGGACGAUGAAGUUGAAAAUGCAAAACAGAGUAUUUGGUGGCUUUUCAGUUUUUUGGAACGAUUAUUCCAAGUUUCGAGGACCCGCAUGUUGACGGAUGAGGAGCGUGAAAUUGAAGAAGCAGCUCUCCUGGAUGAAUUGGCUCGAAUUCCGGCGAGAAGUCAAUCAGUUGCUGGCCAACCGUACUACCUGAGAAAUGAUGAAGCUGAGGAAAGACCGAUGGUAGUGGAACAAGCGCAGCGCGCCACGCCCACCCCUACUUCUACUGUUGCUGGAGGAUAUCGUAGAAAGAAACGUGAGACGAAGUAUGGCAGCUAUCGGACACUCAACGAUGACGCAUACAACAGUGACAUGGAUGAUCUUUGUGAUCCGGAUUUCUAUCUGAACUAUACGCCAUCUUCGACGCCUGCCACUAAAACAGCCCCGAAACCACCAGAACGAGCGCCGCUCGCCUCCGAAAAUCGCAUUCAUGCUGGCACUAGGAGCGUACAGUUGCCGAGAAAAAAGUAUCAACCAGUAGAAGCGUUUACAGAUCCGCUUGACGAUAUCCUAGCGUCGACUGCUCCAGUUGUAGCGACAUCUUGCGUCGAUCUACGCGAUCGCGACUCGCAUCGUUCUCGAAACUGUAGAAGCAUCGCUGCUUUGACUGGACCAAAUAGUGACCGGCGACUUUUCGCCGAAGACUACGAUGCUGUUUCGGAAGCGCGAGAUGCGGACGACUGGUUGACUCACAAACUGAGGAAGGUGAAGAGCAAACGUGACAUCGAUCCUGACCAGAUGAGACGACGCAAUCAGGAGCGAAUGCUACUUGAGGAGCUGAAGAACGCGCACGGCGAGGCUGAGGCGCGCGGUGGUCGCAAUGAAGCGGAAUACACUGUGGAAGGUGUGGGAACGCGGGACCCUCUAGCGGAAUACCGACGAGAGGAAGAGCGCUUGAAAAAUACACAGAGUCCAUUCGACGAAAUGCCGAGAAGAGGACGAAUACGCAGCAAACCACCCACUCCGCCACCGCGUGAGCGCAGUCGUAGUCCGGCAAGGAGUGAACGCGCCACGCCAAGCAUUGAUAGCUACAAUUAUCGAAACCACAACGGAGUUAACGAAGCCACCGCCCACGACUUCUCCAACCUCGGCAGCAUUGUCCAUGGCAAUGCCUCGUACUCGUCGAAAUCAGAACAGAACCUGCCGAAUGGUCAUCUGCCAUCGUCCGCCACGAUUCGCCGCGACUCGCGAGGCACGUCGCACUUCGAGCCUCGCACGGAUUCUCGCGCCACCUUGCAGCGACGUCAAUCAUACGGUACGGAUCGGCCUCCGUUCCAGUACGCUGACACCACGAUUCAGCGCAGCAACGAACCCAUCAAGUUCUACUCCGGACAGGAACGUGUCGCCGCAGCUAUUUAUCGCGCUGAGACUCCGCAGCGUGAGCUCUACGCUAGCGGAACGAUCCACAGAGCGGAAACACCGAACCGAUACUAUCCGGAUAAUAGCACAAUUUCGCAUCGAAGUGAAACACCAGCGUUCCCUAUCCUGAGAGAAACCCCAUUACCCUUCCAUCCUCUUCUGUAUGCGCAAAAUGGAAACAGUCGACAAGAUUUGGAUACUACGAACACUAUGAACUAUAGAUCUGCUUCACCUCGAUCACAGUACGCUGGUCAACUGAGUCGACGAUCUUCGUUGAUGUCAGUUGACACCUCCGAGAUCAUUCAUCAUCAUCCGGUUUUCGUUAAGGACACCUCAAAGUACUGGUACAAGCCGACCAUUUCUCGAGAACAAGCGAUCAACAUGCUACGAGACAAGGCUCCAGGCACGUUCGUCGUCCGUGACUCGAACAGUUUCCCAGGCGCGUUCGGACUCGCUCUCAAAGUCGCUACACCACCGCCAGGAGUUGCACCAGGUGAUGGCACCGAACUCGUCCGACAUUUCCUCAUUGAACCAUCCCCGAAAGGUGUCAAACUCAAAGGAUGCAACAAUGAGCCUGUCUUUGGCUCCUUGUCUGCUCUGGUAUAUCAGCACUCGAUCACACCAUUAGCGUUACCCACGAAGCUGCUGCUUCCUGAAUUUGAUCCGGCCACGACGCCCGAGCACGUUUCAGCUACGCAAGCGCUUUUGGAACAGGGUGCAGCUUGCAACGUCGCCUACAUCGGAAGCGUGGAUUGCGAAUCGCUAACCGGCAGUGAAUGCGUCCGAAGAGCUGUAGCUCGAACUGUGGAGGACACGCAACGAGGACUUUCUCGGCCUGUUUCCGUUCAUUUCAAGGUGUCUUCCCAAGGUGUUACACUCACGGAUAACACACGAAAAGUGUUCUUCCGUCGGCAUUUCCCAGUAAAUUCUGUGAUCUUUGCCGGAAUGGAUCCUGCCGAUAGGAAAUUCGACAACUUCUGCGUGAUUGGAUUCCAUGAUGGAUGUGUGAAAAGCGCUCGCUUAUUUGCAAUCGUUGCGAGAAAACCAUCAUCCAUGGAAAACGCUUGCCAUGUGUUCGCCGAGUUGGAGCCAGAGCAACCCGCUACAGCUGUGGUGAACUUCAUCAACAAAGUUCUCUUUGCCAACAGAAGAUCAUGA